AUGGCUCUUGAAACCGAUAAACAGGAUCCUACCGGCAAAAAAGGAGUCAGUGAAAUUCUGCAGCGUCAUGACUCGCUCUAUGGAGAUGCAGAAAAAGUAUCCAGCGCACACCAUCAUGGAUCGCAGGAUAAUUGGAUUCGAACACUGCGUUUAGCAUUCCAGUGCAUUGGAGUCAUAUACGGUGACAUCGGGACAUCACCACUCUAUGUGUAUGCAAGCACCUUUUCAAGUGGCAUCAGCAAUGUUGAUGAUCUCUACGGAGUCCUGUCACUUAUUCUUUACAGCAUUAUUCUUCUACCAAUGAUUAAGUACGUGUUCAUUGUGCUGUAUGCAAAUGAUAAUGGGGACGGUGGCACGUUUGCACUUUAUUCAUUGAUAUCGCGCUACGCCAAAGUGAGUUUGAUUCCAAAUCAGCAAGCUGAAGAUGCAAUGGUCUCAAGCUAUUGUCUGGAUACAGUAUCAGCCCCUAUGAGGAGGGCUCAGUGGAUGAAGAGAAGUCUGGAAAAUAGUAAGGUGGCUAAAGUUGCAAUUUUCCUCCUUACCAUACUGGGCACCUCAAUGGUUAUCAGUGAUGGUGUUUUAACCCCAGCAAUAUCUGUGCUCUCUGCAGUGAGUGGUCUCCAAGAGAAAGCACCGCAACUCAAACAAGGUCAAGUAGUAUUGAUCUCUGUUUUCAUUCUAGUUGUGCUGUUCUCUGUUCAGCGUUUUGGGACAGACAGAGUUGGCUACUCUUUUGCACCCAUUAUUCUGCUCUGGUUCCUGUGCAUCGGUGGUAUUGGGUUCUACAAUCUAAUCAAAUAUGAUGUGGGCGUUCUUAGAGCCUUUUAUCCAAAAUAUAUCGUAGACUACUUUAAAAGAAAUGGAAAGGAUGCUUGGAUCUCCCUUGGAGGCAUCCUCCUAUGCUUUACAGGUACUGAAGCCAUGUUUGCUGAUCUUGGUCAUUUCAACGUAAGGGCGGUUCAGAUUAGCUUCAGCUUCGCUCUAUUCCCGGCAGUGUCUCUAGCUUAUAUUGGGCAAGCUGCAUUCCUGCGUAAACACCCUGAGCAUGUUCUUGAUACUUUCUACAGAUCUAUUCCAGGACCAUUGUUCUGGCCAACCUUCAUAAUUGCUGUCGCUGCUGCAAUCAUUGCAAGUCAGGCUAUGAUAUCUGGUGCAUUUUCGAUAAUUCAACAGUCACAAACUUUGGGCUGCUUUCCUAGGGUCAAAGUGCUACACACCUCAAAAUUGUAUGAGGGGCAGGUGUACAUUCCAGAAGUGAACUUUGUUCUUGGGUUGCUUUGUGUGAUAAUAACGCUUGCAUUUCAGACAACUACUGAUAUUGGCCACGCGUAUGGAAUUUGUGUUACUUCUGUGAUGAUUAUUACAACUAUUCUGAUGAUAAUUGUGAUGCUUCUCAUAUGGAGGGUGAGCAUUUGGCUGAUUAUGCCAUUCUGCCUGGUAUAUGGCAUCGUAGAGUUUGUCUAUCUUUCUUCAGUUCUCUACAAAUUUACAGAGGGAGGGUACCUGCCUAUUGUGAUUGCAACAAUUCUGGUGAUAAUAAUGGGCGUGUGGCACUAUGUGCAUGUAAAGAAAUAUUGGUACGAGCUCGAGCACAUAAUGUUCCGGUGUGUGGCACGCUAUGGAUACAGCGACAAAGUAGAAGGUGCCAAGGAAUUCGCUGCUUCACUUAUUGAAGGACUGCAGUCAUAUAUUGAAGAGGGUCACUUUAUCACAGACAUGCAAAUUCAAGAAACUGAGUCUCAGACAGCCUCCACUGGAGAUGGUAACGCAAGACCUCGUAAAGCAGGUAGCUCCACGGUGUACAUUGAAGAGGUAUUGACUACAAGUGAAACUACAGGUCUCACCCAACCUCGCAUAAGCAGCUACUCAGCACACUCAUCUGGAAGGAUCAGCGAAGAGCAAACCCGCACAAUUGCAGAAGAAAAGGAAUUUAUUCAGAGGGAGCUGCAGAAAGGAGUUGUCUACAUCCUGGGGGAGACAGAAAUAAAGGCAGGGCCUAAUUCUUCAUUUGUCAAGAAGGUCGUUGUCAACUACAUGUACUCAUUCCUGAGGAAGAACUUCAGGCAAGGGGAGAAGGCCUUCGCGAUUCCAAGGCAACAGGUGCUCAAAGUUGGAAUGGUAUAUGAAAUCUAAGCAAAACCCCUGGAGUGACUACAGCUAUAGCGGUUUCUCCUGAUCGAUGUUUGUCCUGGACCUUUAUAGGUUUGUGUUUGGUUUUGUUUCUCAAGCACGUAUUGCACUUCCUUGGAAGGCAGUAGUGUUCUUGACGAUUUGAUUUCAGUGUGAAAGUUUAAGCUUGUGAUGCUGAUAUAUCUAUAACGUUGUAUCCAUAUCCUUCUAUGCACUGUGAACCGUGUAGUGUAUUACCGUACCGACUGUUAAGUAAAAAUCACCUUUUAU